CAUUUAGCCUCUUUCUCUGUUUCUCUCUCUCUCUCUUUCCCCUAUCUCUCUCUCUCUCUCUCUACCAAAUUGUCUUUCUCUUCGUCUUUGAAUCAAAACCUACGGACCAAGUUUCAUACGCCAUCGCGAAUCGGAUCCUGCGCAAAAACUGCUUCUGUGGUUGUUUGACCGUUUCGUAGCUCUCUUAAUUCUGUUAAAUAAAGAAUCUGAGACUGUAGAUGGACAUUAGCUCUGGUUCUGAUAAGUUGGAGUGCCAAGAUGUAAGCAGCUUUGGAGGUCUGCAAUCAUCUUUGAAGGAAAAGAAAAGCCUUGAUUGUGCCGAUCAUGAUGAUGAUUUUAUAGUGUCUGAACUUGAAAAUGCUUUAGCUGAGAAUUUACAUAUUAAAGUUGGUGAAGAAGUAGAGCAAGUUUCUAGUGACGGAGAUGAGCUUGGCAAUGAAAAUGAGAAUUAUGACUGUGAAAGGCCUAAAGCAAAAGAGCAGCCAAAAUCCUCUCCGAAGUUCCUCAGCAAAUGCGCAUCCUUCCCAUGCCCAGAUGGGAUGCGGGAAGAUGCUAUUUCUUCAGAGAAGGAAGAUGAGCAACCUGAAACCGCUCUCAAAGGACUCUUCUCUGAGGAACCUCAUCGGAAUGCCUACACGCGCUCAAUAUCUUUGCCUGCCCCUUUGAAGCUUGUAUCUGCCAUGAAAGGUAGCCGUGAGAAGCACGGAGUUUCUCCAAGGAAACUGAGCGUGUCUUGGGCCCCUGAUGUGUAUGAUCCAAUACCGACAUCUUUAUCACAUAGUGUUAAUAGAGGAGGCAAGAAACAACAGAGAUAUAAGAACAACAAGAAGAAUUGGAAGAAUGGAAAGAAAGGGCAAAAGGGAAACACUUCUCGAGGGGGUAGUGGCAAAGACAGGAAACAAUCCCGUAAAGUUUCUGGAAACUCUAAUGGUUGCUACAAAUCAAUGGAUGCUCCUGAAAGACUGGUCGAGCCUGAAGAUGAAUUCGGCAAUCUUACUGUUGGUAGCCCAGAUUCGCAGUCCUUUUGUGGGACUUCCUUCUUGAAGAAGUCGCUUACUAAGAUGCACUACCCAGUUGCAGAAGCCUUGUGAGCAAAUCACGUUUUCAUUGAUACCUCGCGACCCUGUGAUGUGCAUAAAUAAUCCUAUUGUUCUCUGAGACAUGUUUUUGGUGAUCAAUGUUGACUGUAAGAAGAUUUGUUAUCGUUGUGUGUGAUGUUUUGUUUCGCCCGAGUAGGGUGAAUGGUUGAUUGCGCUCUUAUAAAGCUACUAUAUUAUUAUGCCGUGUAUUCUCUUAAUAGAUUUAUAAUGCUAUGCGUUGCUCUAUGAGGUUGGCUUGUUGCUACUA